AGGAAUGUCCCCAUCCGUCUACGCAACUUCUCUCUCACCGCACAACACCCACACGACCACUGCUGGCUGCUGACCAUCAGGCAUGCGAGGGGCGCUUGUUUGACGACUACAAGGAAUCGCUGGAAGAUUUCUGAUUACUAUUCCAUCUCUCACCCCGUUGACCGGAUCAUGCUCUGUUCGAAACAUCAUUGGGAUUGACUUGCGGAAUGCUUUGGCGGUGGUCGCAUACAUAGGCGUACGCGGACAAUCAACCGCGACAUUUGUUGACGAUGAGCAUCACCAUUUCCUCCUUCGGUGGGACAGGCUCGAGUCUAGCUCGAGCUGUAGUGAUAGUCGCAGGUGUAUCCUCGCUGGUCGCUUCUCUGCUCUCUCUCUUGUCCAUAUGGCUCCAAACCAAAAACUAUCGAAAACCAUUACUCCAGCGUUAUGUUGUCCGUAUACUGUUGAUGGUCCCCAUAUACGCGGUUUCAUCAUGGGCCAGCAUCAUAUCUUUACAAGCAGCAAUGUGGCUGGAUCCGAUCCGUGAUGUCUAUGAGGCAUUUACCAUCUAUACGUUCUUCCAGUUGCUUAUCAACUUUCUCGGCGGCGAACGGUCGUUGAUCAUCAUGACCCAUGGACGACCUCCUGUCCAACAUGCCUGGCCCCUCAACCACAUACUACCCAAAGUCGACAUCUCUGACCCGCAGACCUUUCUCACCGUCAAACGCGGAAUUCUUCAGUAUGCCUGGCUCAAACCUAUUCUGGCCAUCAUAUCUAUUGUAAUGAAAGCGACCGAUACCUACCAGGAGGGCUACCUAGGCCUGACCUCCGGGUAUCUGUGGACCGGCAUUGUGUACAACGUUAGCGUUACCGUCAGUCUCUAUUCUCUAGCCAUGUUUUGGGUUUGCUUGCAUAAUGAUCUAGCGCCAUUUCGUCCGGUGCCUAAGUUCUUGUGUGUCAAGCUUAUUAUCUUCGCAUCUUAUUGGCAGGGCUUCUUCUUGUCAAUCCUGCAAUGGCUGGGAGCGUUAUCGAACGGGGUUGCCGGCUACACACCCGACAACCUUGCGGCUGCCAUUCAAGACAGCCUGAUCUGCUUUGAGAUGCCCUUCUUCGCUCUCACGCAUUGGUACGCUUUCUCCUGGCAUGAUUAUGCUGAUUCGACGAUCUCCGCCGCCCGGAUGCCCGUCAAAUUCGCGCUUCGUGACGCAUUCGGAGUCCGUGAUCUUAUUGAGGAUACAAAGAUGACGAUACGUGGUGACAAUUACGAGUACCGUCUUUUCGAUUCAGGUGACCACAUCAUCGCACAUGCAGAAUCUGACUCGCGUGUCCGGCGUGUGAUGCAUGGUCUAAGAUAUGAACGUGGUGGUAAAGCCAAGUACUGGAUCCCGACCCCUGGGGAAAUCAACAGCCGGACACCGUUGUUGGCCGGGUCGGAAGGCAGCAGCCGGGACCGACGCAGUAGCACGCUGAGUCGCAUGCAUUCACACAAUGAGAUGGAGGAGACAACCCUGGAUGAAGAUGACGAGAGGCUGUUCAACAACGCUCGAGCAUUGGAAUUUGGGGAUUGGAACUACCCCGUGAUCACCGCGAACGAGGUGCCAGCAGAGCAGCGCCUCGCACGUCAGCGAGCCUCACCACAGCGACAGACAUCAGGGGUCGUAAAGAAAUCCCGCAAGCAGAAGAAGCCGCGCCCUUCUAGUAGCGAUAACAACCAUCGUAGCGCAGGAGCCUCUCGCAGCCCGCGUGCAAGCUACGCUGAGCAGAGAGCCAACUCCGCGGCCUCCUACGCCUCUCAGCCAAGCCAAAUCGUGGAUCUGGUUGUCGAGGAUCAGAAGGCUGAGGAGGAGGAACGACAGCUGGCGCAGAGGGCUUUUGGCUCCACAACGGUCGAGCCCGAACACCGGCACUUCCAGAGACCAACGGGCGAGCCGGUCGAUGAACGGCAUGGCGAUGACUUUCACGCAUUACUUCACCUCGAGGCAAAUGAUGAGGAAGAGGAAUCCAGGAGACAGGGCUGGGCCUACGGGGACCUGGAAGAAGACAAUGUUUGGAGCCGGUAG